AUGCCUCCAACGGCGGCGACGGCGGCAGCGACGACGACGACGACGACAAAGACGUUCCCCUUCACCGACUCUCGCGCCGACGUGAUCAUCCGUUCAUCCGACAAUGUCGACUACCGUGUGCACAAGUACAUGCUCUCCUUCUCCUCGACAUGCUUCAGCGACAUGUUUCAGCUCCCCCAAGCGCAAGGCCAGAACGACCUCCCCGUCGUGCCCGUGACAGAGGACAGCGCCGUGCUCGAGAAACUCCUCCUCUUCUGCUACCCCUGCGACCGCCCACAGCUCGAGACCCUCGACGAAACGAUCAAGUUCCUCGAAGCAGGCCGCAAAUACGGCAUGGACAACAUCAAAGACGCCGCACGCGCCGCCCUCCCAUCCGUGCGCAUCGCCUCACCCAACCCGCUCGCCGCGAUCGUCGCCGCGCUCAAGUACGAGAUGGACGCAGAAGCGAAGGAGAUCGCGCGCUACCUGCUCGAAAAGGACAGCAUCCCCCUGACCGCGCCCGAGAUCGACGACAUGUCCGCGAGCGAGCUCGCCGCGCUCAUGCGGUACCACGCCGCGUGCUGCGACGCCGCGUCGCGCGUUGUGUCCGACCCGUCCACGCAGGAGCUCACCUGCGCGCUCUUCAACUCGUUCGCACGCAGCAACACGCUCUCCACCGCGUCGUCGCUCGCGGCGGGCGGCGGGCACCCGUGCACGUGCCACAAGCGCCAGUGGGCGUACGGGCGGCAGGCGUUUGAUGCGCCGCGGUGGUGGCUCGAGUUCGCGGACGAGGUCGCGUGGAUUCUGGGCAAGAUGCCAGCGCCGCACGGGACGCAGAUCAAGAAUGCGUUUCAUAUGGGCUUGUACAAGGCGCGCUCGUGUGCGUCGUGCUCGUCCAAGGGGUGCAGGUCGCUCGCGCAGUUUUUGGCGUUCAUACAGGAAGAAGUCGAGAGGGCGAUAUCGGAGGUACCACUGAACAUUAGCGAUUAGAUGGGCAAAGCCAUCCCCUUUUCUUGGAUAUAUUCACGACACCGGGACAUCUUACGCGAAUUUCCACGAAGAUCAACAUCCGUGUAUCAUCCUGCUGGGCAGUACGAGUCUCCCUAGCUUCGCCGUGUCCGUUUUCGGGGUUCGACGUUCUCCACAACUUCCUGCUUCAGGAGUACUCCCAUAUAACCUGCCCAACCUCGUCGCCAUCGCCUCCUUCAGCUGCCUCCCUUCAUCCCCGCCCUCAUAUUCCUCAUUCCACGUAUCCUUGAACGCAUGAUCAAUGUGGGUGACCAUGUUCUAAGCUCCG